AUGCGUGCGGAAGACAUUGAGAAGCUUGUGAAUGACCGACGUCGAGACUUGAGGACCGGCGGGAACUUCGAAGAUGCACUACGCAAGGAGAUGGACCAGGCAAACUCUACGCCUUUCACUGCCGAGAUUGAGCAGGCUGCUCCCCCGAAGCGAUUCUCGAAGCCCUCUUUUACCCACUUCAAAGGGGACUCCGAUCCCGAAAGCCACCUAAAAUACUUCAAAAGUGUCAUGAUCCUUCACAAGACCGACGACGCAUUGAUGUGCAAGGUGUUUGUAAUGACCUUGCGAGGAGCAGCCCAAGACUGGUUCCACACUCUACCAUCCGGGUCAAUCAGCAGCUUCAAGGAGCUGGCUUACGUCUUCACCAAAGAGUACACCUCUUACCGGAUGAUUAAGAAGAACCCGGAUCACCUGUUCAACCUACGCAAGAAGUCUGACGAAUCCCUUCGAGACUACAUCAAGAGAUUCAAAGCAGAGAAGGCCAACAUUGUAGGGUGUGACGACCGAAUUGCAUCCUCUGCUUUCAAGAAAGGCCUUCCAGCUGAACACGACUUAUACCGCGAGCUGACUAUCACUCCCAGCCAACUCUGGCAGAGGUCUUCGCGACCGCGGAACGCUAUGCGCUCUGGGAUGAUGAUCGAAUCGCCGCAAAGAAGUCUACUAAGCAGGAAGAUCAGCCGUCUAAACGGGCAGGCCAAAGAAGCGAUGCGCAGGUCACACCCACAAGAGGACACUCCGGCAGGAGAGAACUACACAAAGUUCUCCAUCCCCAUACAUCAAAUCUUAGCCCAAGUGAAAGACAAACCUUGGGUAAAAAGACCACCACCAUUGAAAGGAGAUCCAGACAAGAGGGAUACCAGGAAAUACUGUGCCUUCCAUGGGACGAACGGGCACACUACAAACAAUUGCUUUGCCUGGAAGACGCAUCUUGAAGAACUCGUGAGAGAAGGUCACUGCACGGAAUUCAUUGCAAAGCAGGCCAUCCAGUAG